UGGUGCUGUGCAGAGCAUCACCAUAUGAAUACUAACCAGAGCAUCAGACGGACUAGUCCUGCUGCCAACAAACACAAACAUCUCACAGUUGGUAUCAGAAAAGAAACCUGCUAAAUGCGCAGCACCGUAAAGCUAUAUCUUUAUAUGUGUCGUUGUAUUAAGUAAACAAAGACAAUUGACUACGCGCGCGCACGUCCGAGCUGAUCGAGUAGUACGUGGUACCCAAGUUGAGACCGAUGUGGAGACUGCUGGGCGUUAUCGUUCCCGCUGCUAUGGUUACACCGUGAGCGGUUAGAGGAUCGUGUUUAAGCUAAAAAUUAAGAUUUUGUUGUAACUAAAACCAUGGGCUCCAGGCUCAGCCGUCAAAACAGUCUCGACAACGAGAAUUUUUCAAGAAGGAGACGAAAGCAUCUGGACAGCACGGGGGAGAGCGAGCAGAGGGGAAGCCGCGGCAGCGCCGACUUCUUGUUUACAUCCCUGAUGCUCAAACCGGAUAAACUGCCAGGCAUGCUGAGGAGGGCAAACCCCAGCCCCUAUGUCAGACGAGUCGCGUGGAUUCGAGAGAUUCAAAAGCUCCUUCGAGGGAUGAAAACCGAGGAGGCGACCGAUGUGCUCAGACUGUUGAGAAAGGACCUUGGUUUAGAGGGAACGUCACUAAACGACAUCCUCUACAAGAACUCAGCCUUUCUGAAUCUCGUUGACCCCAUAUCUCAUGAGCUGCUGCUAAGCCUGGCCAAAGACAUGCAGUGCCCGAAAAAGGACUCGGAUUUGCUGAAAUCAUCUGAUAAAAUCUGCAGACAGCUCAUCUACCACCUGACCCCUCACUCCAAAUGGCUCAGAAAAAGCAUGACCAGGAGAAAGGCCCAGGCCUGUCUUAAAACAACACUUCAAAAGAAGCUGUGCAGUGACUCAGUGGACCUCUCUGGGAUCCCUCUGUCAACUCGUGACUUACGACAUGUGGCAUAUUACCUCCAGACCAGCGGGGGUGCUGUGAUAUCAGUAGACCUGAGUUUCACUGAGCUUCGAGAUGAAGGCCUACGUCUACUUCUGCCCUUCCUGGGUGCAUUGCCCAAACUCACGACACUGGCCCUCAAUGGGAACCGUCUGACUCAUGGCGUCCUUAAAGAUUUGUCCGAAGCCCUCAAGGAAUCUAAGGGGUUCAACUGUCUUGCUUGGAUUGACCUGGGCAACAACGUGGACAUAUUUACCUUGCCACAGCCUCUUCUGGUAGCCCUAAGGCGACGCUGUAGUCUGAAGAGCAGCCUGCCCACCAUCUAUGAGUACACAGAAGGUCAACCCUACUGCUAUCGCAUGGAGAGUUCCAUUGAAGAACCCAGCCAUUACGAAGAAGAUGAAGAAGAUGAAGAUAUAGAGCCAUGGAGUAUCGGAGAACAGAAAAGUUCGGGUAGUUUCACCCUUCCCUAUUGCCAGAGGUGAACCAAUCACUUCUGGUGUCAUCAAAUGAUGGAAUGAAGAUCAUAAAGAAUGAGAAAGUGCAAGUAGGAGACCCCUUCUCCCUCAGCACCAUUUCUCCCAGUCAACACAUUUUAUCUUCUACCUUUCUCCUCCACUGCAGCUCCAUGAAACUCACAUUGUAUGACCAACAUAUUUAAAGUGUUCCCAACAACACAAAUGGGUCGACUGACCCCCGAACACAACACAGUGAAACGCGCUCUCCAAAACCUUCACCAUUGACUUACUAUGUGGAUGGGUGAUGCUCCUUGACACAAGAUGGGGGUUCAUUGGAGGAGGUCCUCUCUCACGAAGAACCAAUGGUGGAGAGGAAAAAUAGUGUGAGGGAGUAAAUUGCCGGGCUGAUGCAUACCAGCGGUGUAUUUGAAGAUCGGACGACCCAGCUUUUAGCGAUUUUUUGAGGUCUGGUCAGAUUUGUCAGUGUUGCAUUGCUUGUCUUUACUGGGGCAGACCGGACCUUUCCCCAUUCUGUCUGUGCUCCACUAAUCUCCCAACAAAAGCCAUGAAACCAGCUCAACAGACUCUACAGCCGAUCCAACAUCACGUGACGCCAGCAAAACUGCUAUGUAGAGACUUUUGCAUUCCACCCACUUUCCGAAACGUUAACUCAUUCAUUCACACAUCACUUUUCGUGUAGUUGUGAGUGAUGAUACAGGGUAACACUAACUGGUUAAGUGCUAGGGGACUGUUUUUGUUAUGUACUUUUGUUGAACUUAAACAGGUAGAUUAUAAGAACGAUUCAAGUUUACUGAAUAAUAACACUUGGAACAUGUUUGUCAUUACUUGUUUAUAUUAGGUCGUUUUAUCCAUUUUAAAAAUACCUCUUAAGUACGCUUUCCUUAUUUGAGAGAAACUCUAUACUGCUUUUUACCAACUUUGCCCUCUUAAAGAAAAGUUUUAACUAAGUUUUAAAGGACUUUUACUUUGGUAUACUCCAAUAAAUUAAGGUAGAUAUCCUGGUCAAUUGAUAUCCUUAAUAUGGUGGAUAUUCUAAUAUAUUUUACUGUAGCUCAUGAUGUUUUCUUGAUAAGCCAUGUCUAAUACACUAAACUGAAAUAUUUAAUCACACUCAACAAAGGUGAAGCAGGCUGUAUUUUACCUUUAACAUUAUAUAUGAAGUAAUUUAAAAAAAUUGACCUUGACCUAAAAUUAAAUAAAGUAAAUUAUGCAUUUUUAGAGAUGCACCGACACAAAAUUCCUUUGCCGAUAAACUGAUUAAAAUAAGUGAUGUCUGCUGAUAUCGAUUACGAUACGGAUAGUUAGGUGGUUUUACAUUAUACUUUCUUUUAAAUUAAUGAUAAUUAAUGACAUCAUUUUUUAAGACAUUCAAAUUAAAACUUUAUUUUCUCUGUUUCAGCAACAUUUUAAAGUAAUUACAAGCCAGUACUCAAAUUAACAUUCUUAACAUUUCUUUUUUAAGAUUUAUGAAUUAUUAACUGUCAGGUAAUUUAAUUCAAUUUUAUUUAUAUAGCGCUUUUCACAAUUGUUUAAUUGUUUUAAAGCAGCUUUACAUUAAUAAAAGCCGGAGAAAACUGAAAAAUCGGUGGACAACAUAAGAAGCAAAGAAUAGCGGCUAAAAUUAAACUGUACUAGCAAGUGUAGUAAUAAUUUAACUUAUAGAAAAGAUUGCUAAGUUAAGCCAAUGUCAGCUGACUCCCUAGUGGUUGAAAAAAACUAUCAACACUGAACAUCAAGCUGGUGAUGUUUAACACUUCCUUUACACAUAGCACAAUUUGAUGGAUUUCCUGACCUUUUUUAAUUGACAGGAAUAAUCAGACGACUAUUUUUAAGCUAUCUGCCGAUAUAUCAAUGCAUCUUUAAUAUUUACACAUCAUGUUCAAAUUAUUUGAUCACUUUAAUUCGUAUUUUGUGUGUCUCAAAAGCUCAUCGUAGUAAUGCUGUCUUGUGUAACACAAACAUUUGAUAUCAUAAUCUUACAAAUACAACUCAGUUGUUUGGAGGUAAAGCUCAGAUGAUCGAAUGUUAAAUGUUAACCUUUAUAUACAUGUAUUAAUUUUCAAUGUGUCAAAUGUGUAUUUGUUUAAUGUUAUCUCAAUGUGGUCUCAGUGUUGUUGACUAUAUUAAUAUAUGUAAUAUCCCUUCACAGGAUCUUAACAAAUGCUAAUUGUAAAACCUAUACACGACCUUGUAAACUUUCCAGAACUGAAUAUGAAUAUCAUCUGGAAUGUUUUCAUCUUAAAAUACAUUUCACUUCACUAGAAGUGUCUUAUUAUAAAAAUAGAAGUAUUUGCAUAAAUAUUUGCAUUUGUUGUUAUGGCCCUGUGUGUAGGCUACAGUAGAUCAUUAUAAUUAAUGACCAGCCAUGAUCUGCUUGUAUGGGAUGUUUAACCUGCACAUGAUAUUCUUGUUACUCAUGUAAACAAUGACGGAAUCUCAGUACUCACAAAGCUUACUGCAUACAUGGUGGCAGACGAAUAAUAUCCAAUACAGGUUCUUAAUUGAAGGGCAGUUUAUGUGUCAUGUUGUAUGUGUAUGUUUGUAUGACUUUUCUCUGUCUGUGUCCUAAAUCUGUGCUUUAAACAUUAUGUAAUAGUACUUUAUAAGACUGUUAAACGGCUCUGUAAUAAAAUUUGAUUAUUAUAAUCCCAUAGGUGUGCCAAAAAUAGUCGCUUGUUUAUUUGGUGACAUCAGAGAGUGUUUGGAGGAUAAAAGUAGUGCCUGUGAGAGGUUGGUGUUUUGGAGUUUACAACCAAAAUGGCAAGAAGUUUAUUUUAUGAUGGUGAUG